AUGAUGAAAAAGGGCACCCGGAGGAGAAGCGGCACGGGCAAGCGGAAGCGCGAGGAGGGGCAGGCGGCCAGUGUGGUCCCUGGCAAGGAAGCGGCGGCCGAGGGGUCCCAAACCAGCACCACAACCAGCACCAGCAGCCGUGGUGGAGGUGGACGAGGAACCGGGCGUGGCCGAGGUGGUGGAGGUGGAGGUGGAGGAGGAGCAGGUGGUGGAGGGCGGAGAGGAUACGAAGCUGGGGCCGGCUGGCCGCACCUGGGGCGAGGUGGGGGUGGGGGCAGAGCUGGCGAUGCAAAUCGCGGAGCAGUUCCGCGCGCUCGGGGCGGCCAUCUCGGCACGCGUCACGCUGGUGGUGGGUGGCAUGGAGCGUACCAAGCAGAGCCAGCUGCUUUCCAAGCGGCCGCACAUCGUGGUGGCCACGCCGGGGCGGCUCGUCGACCUGCUCCUGCAGGACGACCACCGGGGCCUCGUGGCGGGCCUCCGCUUCCUCGUCCUCGACGAGGCCGAUCGCCUGCUCGACCCCGCCUUCGCCCCCGCCCUCGGCCAGCUCCUCCCCGUCCUCCCCGCCAAACGCCAAACGCUGCUGUUUUCCGCCACCAUGACUUCGUCGCUCCGCAAGCUGGAGCACGUCAUCGGACAGAACGCCUUCCGCUUCGAAGCCACCGUCAAAUACCAGCCUCUCGACACCCUCAACCAGCGGUACAUGUUCAUGCCAGCGCGCAUCAAGGACUGCUAUCUGGUCUACCUCCUGCGCACGUUCCUCGCCGAGCCGGCCCCCGCGCCGCCGGCGUUGCCCGAGCAGAUCAUCGUGUUCGCCUCCACGUGCAAUGCGGCGCAGCUGCUCGCCGAGACGUUGCGGCUGCUCGACGUCCCCUCUGCGCCUCUCCAUUCGCGCAUCGCGCAGAACCAACGCAACCAAUCCCUGCGGCGGUUCAAGAGCCGGAUCGUGCGUGUGCUCGUCGCCACCGACGUCGCGUCGCGAGGCUUGGACAUCCCCACCGUGGGAGUGGUCAUCAACUACGACGUGCCCGGCGCAGCCAAGGACUACAUCCACCGAAACGACGUGGAGAGGCUGCUUACGAUUGA